ACAUAUGCCUGAUAAGUAGUACAUAUAUACAUAACUGAACCACGUGGAAAAGUGAGCGUCACUUGACCAAAGGAAUUCGACCCAGCUUCGUUCCACUACUUCGUUCCAGCCAUUGUCUAUCUGAAACUUACCUGGAAGUUAUCCAUAAAAUAAAAUAAUUCGUUUCGAACGGUUACUAAUAUUCCAUUCAUCUCUGUGAAAAAUGGAAACUUCAAUUAACCAAAAUCUUGUUGUUACUUUACCCGAGAUUGUCGCCAAUAUCCUGUCCUACCUGCCCACAUCCGACAUCAUGAAAUGUACCAAGGUCAACCGAACAUGGGAGGGGGAAGCUCGUACUCAUAUCUUGGCCAGAAACUCGGUUCAACUUCAGGUCCGGAAUUUCAAAAAAUAUUUUAAAACAAUGCGUCUACGCCGCUCGUACCAUAAAAAUAUUUACAUCUACCUCCACUGCAUGACUCCCCACGAGAUUUCCAACUACCUGGAAAAAUUGGCUCCCCGUUUAUCCAGAAAUUGGGAGAAGGUUACCCGUCUCAAGAUCGAUUUUCCCAUGGAUCUCCCUUCCGACUCGAUCUCAAUUCCGAUCAGAAUUUUGGAAACUUUGAAAAUUAUGAAGAACGUGAAAUCUCUCGAGAUCCGCCCAAUCUUCCGGAAACUAUGGAAUGAACUGAACGUACACAAAUUGAAAGAACACCUCGCCCAAAAUUCCCGCGCAUUCCGGCACGUGACCAAAUUUGGGAUAUGGUUGACCGAUGUUGCAGACUAUGAUGAGGACCACCGCGAGCCGAACAUGCAAGAUCUUUUGGAGCCGUUAAUCCCUCAUUUUUUCCCAUUAUUUCCGAACCUGAAAAUCCUUAAAUUGACGGACACUCCUGGUUUCGAUAUGUUUCAACUUCCCCGGAAGUUGAAUAAGCUCAUUAUUCGAAGGACGGAUAGGACCUCGAUUAACUUGAUGACUCCAUGCCUCCCUUUGAAGCCAGUGACCUUGACGCGUUUAGAGGUCACCAUGCAAGACGCGUGUCCCUACAUCGUCACCCAACUUGCCCCUCAUCUCGAGCACCUCUGCAUCCACGCAGAACUUUCGGUAGAUUCGAGCUUCGAUGACCCCUGGAUAUUCCCGGUUAUGCCGAAACUGAAAGUUCUCGAGUUUUGGAUAAGCCCGGAACUUUACUCGAUUUGGGGUUCCAUGUGCGUCAACUUAAAUUUCAAGUAUGCAAUUGUGGACAAAAGUACGGGGGAGAAGCUCAUUUAUGCCCAACAGUUCCCACUCCUGGAGAGUUUGACGGUUCGGAUGGAACCGGAAAAAUCGUCAGAAAAAGUAGUUUGUGCCCUGCCGGGUAGAAUGUUUGAUGUUGUAUAUAGGCAUUUUAUACCGCGGAAUACGGCGCCAUGUAAGACGCUGAAAUAUUUGGAUAUUCCAUUUCCGACGGAGGAUAAGUUCCGGGUGUCGAUUUGGUGGAAAUGUAGUGGGACAAAGAGGUGCCACUGUUGUGAGUGGAUGUACGCGUGGGAAUAUUUUGACGUGGUGGCCAGAACAUUUCCGAACUUUGAUAGUCCACUGGUUGAAGAGGGGAGGAAGAAUAGGUUAAUGGAUUAAUUGGAAAUAAGUACACGUACUAAAAUUGUUUGGAUUUCGAAGGGAAAGUUGACACGGAUUUAAUGUAUGUAGAUAUUACUGGAAUGCGUGGUGGUCAAUAUGCAUGCUAUGUAUUAAAGUAAAGACCUGAUUACAAUUUCAGUUUGUGCAUAAUUAUCCCAUUUUAUAAUUUUUUAAGGGUUGCUAAUUUUAAAUACAUAUGUAAAAUUUACAUAUUGAUCCAUACUGAGAAUGUUACGAAAUUUCCGAAAUACUUAAACAUGGCUUUUUAAAUAAAGAUAAAAUACUCUUAUGUACAUACAU